UCUCAGAGUAAUGUUUCUAAUUCACAGCUUUGGCUGGGGCCAGGCUGGCCCAGAUGCCCUGACCCCACUCCCUCCCUUUGGGGCCCUGCCCAGCCCCUAGCCUGCUGCCCCCUUGUUGUGCUCUGAACACAUGCCUCCUGCUUUCUGCUCACGCUGUUCCUUGUUCCUUCCCCCUGGGCACCAUCUCCCUCCUCUCUCUCCAGGCCUGACCUGCAUGGCUGGUCCUCCAGGAAGUUCUGAUCCAUCAUGCAAAGCAGCCAUGAGAUCCAGCCGCCCUGAGCGGGGUGCCCAGGAACCCCUCAGUCCCUGCCCUCAGCCCCUGUCCUGGAGCUCCUCCAGCCUGCUGGGCGCAGGCCGGGGGCAGAGGCCGGAGCUCCACAAGAGCGCCAGCAGCACCGUAUGGCAGGCCCAGCCGGGCGAGGCCAGCACGGGUGCCCAGGUCCGGGAGGAGGAAGGGCACCAGGCUGAGAGUGAGGAACAGGCACGUGCCUCCAGCCCCCGGCCACAGCCCGGGGCCGUGGGUCACUGGCAGAGCAGCGCUGCGGGCGGUGGUGACCUGUGCUGCCUGCGGGACCCCAGCACCGCCGCUGUGCAGAGAAGCCACUCGGACCUGGUCUGCAGCACCCCGAUCUGGGGCCGCAGCAGUGCCCGGAAGGCCAGCCUCAGCUGCUCGGCCCUGGGCAGCUCGCCUGUCCACGGAGCUCAGCUGCAGCCCAGCAGCGCUUCUGGCCGGGGUGGCCAAGCCCCUGCAGGCCUGGAAAGGGACCUGGCUCUGGAGGAUGAGACUUCAAACUCAGCCUGGACACUGGAGGAGAGUCAGGUGUGGGUGCCGCCACCUGACCUGGGGGGCACAGUGACCCACAGCAGCAGCCUCAAAGCCACCGGGCAGUCGGCCACCACCUCCUGCCAUGCUCUGCCCCCAGCAGCGCUACUCUGUGGUGUGAGGGAGGUGGGGGCCAGCAGCUGCUGCCACGGCUUGCCUGCCCCAGGGAUCCUGGCCUUUCCUAAACUAGUGGCAUCAGUGAGUGAAUCUGGGCUGCAGGCUCAGCACGGGGUGAAAUUCCAGUGUAGGUUGUCUGCGGGGCUUCCUGGGCAUUCCCACUGCUGUGCGUACCCUUGGGGUCCCACCGGGUUAGCUAUGGAGGCUGGCGCCAGGACCAAGGAUAUGUGGACCAUGACCUCAGCAAGUGACUUGGCCCCCAUCUUGGCAUCACCUCUGUCAGCCCAGGAUGCUGGUGUGCAAGCGGCCCCCAAGGCAGUCUGCAAAGCUGUGGCCACCAGCCCGCCUCUGGAGGCCCCUGUGGCCCUGCACACAUUCUCGGAGGCAACUCUGGGGUCCAGCCUGGAGGAGGUGCCACCCCCUGUGCGGGACGUGCGAUGGGAUGCUGAGGGCAUGACAUGGGAGGUGUACGGAGCUGCAGUGGACCCUGAGGUACUCGGCCUGGCCAUCCAGAAGCACCUGGAGAUGCAGUUUGAGCAGCUGCAGCGGGCCCCUGCCAGCGAGAACAGCCUGUCUGCGGAGAGCCGGAGGGGGCCACUUCGAGCUGUUAUGCAGUCCCUGCAGUGCCCCAGCUGCUGCGGCUGCUCCAGUGCAGUCCCUGAGUAAGGAGCUGCAGUCCCAGGAGCUGCCCUGGGCCCAUGGACUCAGCCCCAGGGACAGUAGGGGCCCUGUGCCCUUUGGACCCACGGGCACCCAUGGACGUGUCUCUGUUCUUGGCUGUCUGCAGACCGCAGGACUGCAGCCUGGGGGCUUCCUGCCCCCUGCAGCUGGGCUAGUUUUUAAGGGCUUGAUUUCCAAGAGCCACAUCUGCACGUCCGGCUCUGAACUCUGGUACAGUUUCAGCACUGGGCAUAACGGGGAUCCUGACUUUUCUGUCAAAACCCUCGACCUUCUGUUCAGUCUCUCCUCAGAACUCUGCCAUGAUUUCCCCAGGCCUCUCGAUGGCUUUAUUUUCACGGCAGUGCUGAGAUACAACGAAUUCCUGCCAUGAGACGUGGGGCCCCGAGUGGCAAGGACUGUCUGAGUCUUUAGGGGAGGGAACUGACAUUGUGGAGGCCUCCCAUGUGCCACAGCCUGUACCCAUCCCCUUACUUUGUGGAGUCUUUACCUCUUCACUCUGUUUUAUAGACGCAACCACAGACACUGGCAUGGCUGUAACUGCCAUGCCCUGGGUUGGACAGCUCGAGGUGGUGGGAUGAGAGCAGAGCUGAGGCUGGCUGAAGCCUGCAGUGUUUUCCUGCAGCACGUGGCUGGCAGCGCAGGGCAGUUGUGAACAAGAAGAAUUUAUUGAGCCCAUGUUCCAUGCCAGGUUCUGUGAAUUCCUUGGGAAAGAAGCUGCCCGUGCCCUUGCUGACCUCACAGUGUGUAGGAUGGGGGGCUCUGAGCAUUACAGAGGACUGCAGGGUACUUCUAAGAGCCAGCCUCCCAGUAGGUCAUGUGUCAGGCACUGGCCUCAGGAGGGAGAGAGCGGGUGGCCACCUGUCCCAAAAUAUGUUGCAGUGCCUGAAAUUGUACCAUUUUCACCUUGCUCCUUUGGCUUAAGGACUUAUUCUCAGCUGGUGCAGUUCUUAA